GGUCCCAGCCGAGUGUUGAAAAAUUGAAAAAACAUGAAUUAGCCGUUAUUACUUUGCCUGGGUGAUUUAUGAUGCUGUGCAGCUCACACCAAUUUCACUUCAAUCCGAUCAGCAAAACCCCUAACAAAUUGAAAAAAUAAAAAAAACAACACUUAAAUCUCUCUCAUUCACCAGAAGAAAAAAGAUGGAUUUUUCAUCGGACACAGACGAUUCAGCAGUGGAGGAGCUAAUUUCUCAGAUGAAAGACCUCACUGUUCUUGAGCAAGUCUCCAAAAUCAACUGUUCCGCCUUCACUGAUUCACUACUCCCUACUGAUUUAGACACCCGAUUUAACAAACUCAAAUCUUCAUCCUUCACCAACUCCAGUUUCUCCUCUGUUCAUGACGACAAAAAGGCAUGCUCAGGCGAGAAAGAAAACUCUUUGAAUCCUGAAACAACGAUUUUCUCGGUAACCAAACAAAACCCAGAUGGGAAAUUGUUGGAGGAAGAGAAUAUCUUGGGUUUAGAAGGAAACCCAGAUGGAGAAAAGGAUUUAAAGAAGAAAUUCAAAACUGGGUCAUGUGAUUCUCCUUCAUCAUCGUCAUAUAUGGAUUCACCUCCUAAAAAAAGUGGCUGUUUUUGGUGUUCUCGGAAGAAGAAAGUUUCAAAGAAAAAGAAGAAUUGGGGUGAUAUUAAUGAUGAGUUAUUUUCUGUUUUUAGCAGUAAAGAAGAGCAGAAGAUUAUAAAGAAGGCAAUGGAGGAGGAAGAGAAGGUAAUGAAGGAGGCAGAGAAGGUUGGGAAGUGGGCAAAACAAGCUUCGAAGAAGAUGAUGAGAUUUCAUGGCAUUCAGGAUGAACUUAGUGAUGAAUGACGAUGACAAUCAUAUAUAUAUGUACAACUAUGCAUCUAUUCCAAAUUAAAUGAACCCUUUUUUUUUCUAA